AUGUAUGCCUGCUCUAAGUUCCUCUCCACCCACUCCUUGGUCAGGAGCACCUGUCAGCUGCUGAGCCGACCAGAGAGGCUGACAUGGGAGAGCUCCAGCAGCUUGGCAGUCCCGUGUCCCCUGACUUCACUUAUCCCUAGCCGCAAUUUCCAAACCAGCACCAUUUCAAGGGACAGCAACACAGCAGCCAAGUUCAUUGGGGCUGGUGCUGCCACAGUUGGGGUGGCUGGCAUUGGGGUUGGGAUUGGGACUAUAUUUGGAAGCCUUACCAUUGGUUAUGCCAGGAACCCCUCUCUGAAGCAGCAGCUCUUCUCCUACACCACUCUGGGCUUUGCCCUCCCAGAGGCCCUGGGGCUCUUUUGCCUGAUGGUGGCCUUUUUCAUCCUCUGCACCAUGUGA